CUCAAAGCCAAGCCAAAGCCGUGUAUACUAAAGGAAAGUUCCCAUUUGCAAUCCCUCCUUAACAUGCACCAUCUCCUCCUCCCCCUCUUCUUCUUCACCAUGCCCCCUUCUUCUUCCUUCACACCAAAACCCCACAAAUCUUCAUCUUCAAACACUGCAAACACGAACUCCAAUCCAAAUUCAACCUCCCUCCUCUGCAAACACUCUCCAUCUGCAACUCUCGACCUUCUCAUCCUAAUCUUAGUCCUUUUCUCCGGCACUUUCCUCUUAACCUCUUACUUCUCUUACAUCUUUAACUCCCUUUCUCUCCUCCUCUCUAACAGCUCUCUUUCCCUUCACUUCCCUCCUUUCUCUUACAUUCUUGGCUUCUUCUCUCUUUUCAUUCUCUCCAUCCUUUUCUUUGAGUUCUGCUGUGGACCCAGAUCUCGAAAGUGUCACCAACCUGGCUGUAAAGGCUUCAAGAAAGCGAUUGAGUUUGAUUUGCAAUUGCAGACUGAAGAUUGUCUUAAAUCCACUGCUGCUAAUGACGUUGAUAAGUUGCCUUGGAAAGGUGGGACUGUAUCUAAUCCUGAUUAUGAGUGUUUGAGAGCUGAAUUGAGGAAGAUGGCUCCGCCUAAUGGGAGGGCUGUUUUGCUUUUUCGUUCUAAGUGUGGUUGCCCUGUUGCUAAGCUGGAAGGAUGGGGGCCUAAACGUGGUCGCCGGCAUAAAAGGGCUCUGGCUAGUGUGGCUGCUAAUGGAGGAGAUCAUCGUUGACAGUUCACAACGGGUUUCGCUGUCAUGCCCUUUAUGUGCCUCCUCUUGUUUACCUUUUAGAUUUUGGAUGUUCCUUCUUCUUUCAAUUCAAGAAGGAUACACUCCUUGAUCAGGACACGUUUUCUAAUCCCAUGAUCAGGCCGAGCCUCACUUUCCACGUGUCUGAAAGUCAUGCCUUUACAUGAACUUUCAUGUAAAAUUCAUCUCAUUUCUGAAAAGUCAUACAGAUUUAACAAGUGACUUGCAUUCCUCCUGGAAGGAAUACCAAAUUUAAUGGGAAUAAAUAUAUAGAUUUGCCAAA